CUGGGUGCACUUAAGGGCCCAGCCCGGGGAUUUCCUUUCAAAGGUGACUUAGAGGCACUUCAAGAGGGUAGCGCCCUCCCAGGCGGGUCCUAAUGGUAAAUUUGGCAGAGUCAGCGAAACACGGCGCCGGGCGGACCUGGCGGCCGGGCAGCGCCCUCUCCCGCGCCCGCGCCCUCUCCCGCGCCAGGCAGCGGCGAGCACGGGGCCAUUUGCAGCACAGGCAACCUAGCGAGCAGCCGCGGCGCCCAGCCGGGAGGGAGGUGGCACCAUGGAGCUGAAGAAGGACAGCAACGCCGUGGCCAUCGACAUGCUGCUCAUCGUGCACUCCGAGAAGCGGCGCGCGGCCCAAGCCACGCACUUGGACUCUCAAACGGACUCGGGCGCGCUGCUGCAAAACCGAGGAGGGUUCCAAGGUGUCAGAAACGGAAUCCGGAAAUGGCAAGAACUGGAGAGAAACGGCUUUCAGGGAAACUUGCCCGAGAAGCAGUGCCUUCAGCAGCCUCAGGUCAUCACUUCCUAUGACAACCAAGGUACUCAGCUGACUGUGGAAAUCCACCCCCAAGAUGCCAUGCCCCAGCUGCUCAAGAAGUUCUCUUUGGCAAAACGUUUACAAGGUGAUAAAAAUGGAAACAUGAGACCCCGGCAGCCUGGAGGGAAAGAUGCCCAUGCUUACCCCUGGGACAGAUCCAGCUUGAAAUCCAUGCCCCUGGACCUGUGGCUCUUUGAGAAACUUGAUGCCUCUGCCUCACAGGUGACAGUCAAGAGUGGCCUGGAUGAGCUGGUGAGUGACUUGCUCCAGGAAGCCCACAGCGAUCUGGAAAAGGUCCGAGCCAUCUGGAUCUGGAUCUGCCAUCACAUAGAGUACGAUGUUGAGGCUGCCCAGGAGAAGGACCGCCAAGCCUUCAAACCCACCGACAUCCUGAGGACUCAGAAGACCAACUGCGAUGGCUAUGCUGGCCUCUUUGAGAGGAUGUGCAGGAUCGCUGGUGUGCAGUGUGUCACCGUGCCUGGCUACUCCAAGGGCUUUGGCUACCAGACUGGGCAAAGCUUCUCUGGAGAGUUCGACCAUGCCUGGAAUGCUGUGUACCUUGAGGGCCGUUGGCACUUGCUGGACAGCACCUGGGGCAGUGGCCUGGUGGACACUACCACCUCUAAAUUUACGUUUCUCUAUAACGAAUUCUACUUCCUCACCCACCCUGCCCUGUUCAUCGAGGACCACUUCCCAGACAACAAAAACUGGCAACUGUUGAAGCCGCCUCAGUCUCUGAGGCAGUUUGAGAACAACAUGUACCACAAGAGUGAAUUCUACAACAAGGGCAUGCUGAGUGCCCACCCAGAGACGUCCAUGAUCCGAACAGUGAAUGGGAAAGCCACGGUCACCAUCGAGAGCUGCGCCCCAACACUGUUCAUGUUCAUGCUCAAUGGCAAGCAGGAGCAUGGGCUACUGAGCCUCAGGAAGAACGGGAUGAAGCUGGAGGUGUACCCUCCAACCAUGGGUACCCACAAGCUGCAGAUCUUUGCCAAAGGCAACUCUGAAAUCUAUAGCUCAGUGCUUGAGUACACACUCAAGUGCAACUUCGUGGACCACUCUGUCCGGCUGCCCGCUGAGCUUCACCAGCCGGUGGGCCCCAGCUGGUUCUCGGAGCAGAUGGGCAUCACGAAGCCCUCCCACCCUGACCCCAUCAUCCACACCACUGACGGUCGCUGUUCCAUCAGCUUUAGUGUGGAGGAGGGCAUCAGUGUCCUGGCAUCCCUCCAUGGAGACGAUGGCCCCAUCACUGAGGAGACGCAACUGCGCUACAUCUUCCAGCUGAACAGAGAGAAGAGGACAGAGCUGAAAGUCCAGCUGCCCCACGCGGGCAAGUUUGCCCUUAAAAUCUUCGUGAAGAAGAGGCAAGAACAAGGCAACUUCGUCUUUGUCUUCAACUACCUCCUGUGCUGCUCAAACACCAAGGUGAACUGGCCUAUGUUCCCCGAGAGCUUCGGCAACUGGGGGCAGGGCAAUGAGCUGCUGGAGCCCCUCUCGGGUGUGCUCCCUGCCAACCGCAACAUACCCUUCAAACUGAAGCUGCAUGGCAUCGCCAAAGCCCUGGUGAAAGGGCAGGAUACAUGGCCCCUGACCCUUAACCCCGAGGGAUACUGGGAGGGUAACUGCAACACGGCUGGCUGCCAAGAAAUCUACGUCAUGGUGCUAGAGAAUGCUAACCACAACUUCUACUCUUACAUCCUGAAAUACAAAGUCAAUGACCAGUGAGGGGCUGCAAACCCACAGCCUCCCAGGGCUAAGGCCAGCCCCACCCAGGGAGGGCCCAAGCCAAGUGCAGAGAGCCUGGGACACCACUAACGUGCAUGAAAUCACUUCUAGGCCUCUGCCUCUGGCUCCCUGCUCUGCCACAGGCAUUGAGGAAUUUGUAUUGCUGAGGGCUUCACUCAGUGUGGUUGUGGAUGAAGGGACAGAGGCAAAGGCCCUUUAGAAGGAAAAGGUGCUAUGUAAACCCGA